AUGUCGUCUGAGGAGCAGCCCGUUAAGUCUGUCGGCGGCUGGAUCGUGAUGGUCACGGGCGUCCACGCAGAGGCCCAGGAGGAGGAUGUACGCGACGCGUUCGAGGGCUUCGGGCAGAUAACGAGCGUCCAUCUGAACUUGGAUCGCCGCAGCGGCUACGCGAAGGGAUACGCGUUGCUCGAGUUUGUGGAGGAGGAGGAUGCUCGCAAGGCUGUUGAAAAUAUGAACGGCCAGCAGCUCUUGGGGCAAGAGGUGGCGGUCUCCUGGGUUUUUAAAAAGGCGCCGGCCUCAGAGUGA